UUAGAUACUCUUUGCCUUCAUAUCCUCUUACUUUACCUUGGCUUCUAUUACUUGUAUAUUUUCUACCAAGUUUCUCCUUCUUGAGUCCCCUUUGAUCUUCAAUGGCUACCACUUCUUCUCCAUUGGCAGGUCGGCUGAAGAGCAGUUUUACAUCAUCUCUUACAGGAAAACUGGUUGUCCCCAAGGGAAUUUCCGGAGCCCCAUUUAGAUUCUCACCCGGCAAGACCCGAACUCCCUGUUUCACUGUCAAAGCUGUUCAAUCAGACGAGCCAACAUUUCAAGUAAUUCAACCCAUUAAUGGUGACCCAUUCAUUGGAAGUCUAGAGACACCAAUCACAUCAAGUCCUUUAAUUGCUUGGUACUUGUCCAAUCUUCCAGCUUAUAGAACAGCAGUGAACCCACUUCUAAGAGGCAUAGAAGUUGGUUUAGCCCAUGGUUUCCUCUUAGUAGGUCCAUUUGUCAAAGCUGGUCCUUUAAGGAACACAGCUGUUGCAGGUCAAGCUGGUUCAUUAGCAGCUGCUGGUUUAGUUAUAAUCCUAAGCAUUUGCUUAACCAUGUAUGGUGUUGCAUCAUUCAAUGAAGGUGAACCUUCCACAGCUCCAAGCUUAACCUUGACUGGGAGAAAGAAGGAGCCUGACCAGUUACAAACAGCUGAAGGAUGGGCUAAGUUUAGCGGAGGUUUCUUUUUUGGUGGAAUAUCUGGUGUUAUUUGGGCUUAUUUUCUUCUUUAUGUACUUGACCUUCCUUAUUACUUUAAAUAAGAUCAUUGUCUUUAUGCGUUUUAAGUAAUGCAAAUCAAGUGAUUGUAACUCUUAUGUUUAAUGAUCCUUAAGUUUAUAUUUCAAUGCCAUAAUUAAUUGUUAA